ACGGAGUGGAAAGCCGUUAGAUCUACUAUGUUUAAAUGAUUUAUACCAGGUAUCUAUAUCACUCUAAUCCAACUUAAUAUCAAACUAAGUGCUAUCUAGCUAUCGAUCAUGGGAUACACGCACUACUACAACAUCCAAAACUGGGACUCCCCCGAAUGGACCCGCGCCUGGCCACAACUAAUCCACGACGUCCCCUCCAUAAUCUCCACGGCCAAAAUCCCCCUCCAACACGCAGAAGACACAACCGACGAAGAAAUCCCGCCCCAACCGCCCCUAGUCGACAUAAAAAAGGGCAUAAAGCUCAACGGUGUCGAAGACGAAGGUUACGAAGAUCUGAUCCUGUCGAGGGAUAGUCGGAAGUGGAAUGUGAAGACGAAUCGGAGGCCGUAUGAUAAGGUUGUUGCUUGCGUGUUGCUCAGGGCGUAUAUGCUUGCGCCGGGGGAGUUUCGGUUGAGGAGUGAUGGGUAUUGGGAUUAUGAGGAUGAGUGGGGGGUUGUGAGGGAGUUGUAUGGGAGGAUUUGGCCGGGUGAGGAGAUUAAGAGACCUUGGAGAGAGGAGGAGGAUGAUGGGGUUGGGGAGGCGGAUGAUGUUGAGAAGAGUGAUUUUAUGGGGUAAUUUUAUCUAUAUUCCACAAGGAUAUUCCAUAAGGUAGACAGAAUAGAAGAGUUGU